UUGACUCCUCCCACCACCAAAACCGCGGGCCGCAUCCCGCGCCGCCCACCGGCGGCAAGCCACCGCCGCUUAAUAAACCUCCGCCGCGGCGUCCCGAACCCCACGCAGCCGGCACACACCCACCAUGGCAUCCUCUCUCCUCACCACCCCGUCCCAGACCCUAGCCGCCCUCACACCCGCCGCGGCGCGCGCCCGCAGGACGUCCCAGGCGUCCUUCCCCUCGCCCCGCCUCCCGGGCCGCCGCGCGCUGCGCGUGCGCGCGGCGGUCGCGAUCGAGAAGGAGGUGCCGGAGAACGAGGCGCCGCCGACGUUCCUGCGGGAGGACGGCGCGGGGGCGGGGUCCGGGUCCGUGCGCGAGCGGUUCGAGGGCAUGAUCCGGCGGGUGCAGGGCGAGAUCUGCGCCGCGCUCGAGGAGGCCGACGGCAGCGGGGCGCGCUUCGUGGAGGACGUCUGGUCGCGCCCCGGCGGCGGCGGGGGCAUCAGCCGGGUGCUCCAGGACGGGGACGUGUUCGAGAAGGCCGGGGUGAACGUCUCGGUCGUCUACGGGGUCAUGCCCCCGGACGCCUACCGCGCGGCCAAGGGCGCCGCGAAGAACGGGGCGGCGGAUGGGCACAAGGCUGGGCCGGUGCCCUUCUUCGCCGCUGGCAUUAGCUCGGUUCUUCAUCCAAAGAAUCCGUUUGCUCCAACAUUGCAUUUCAACUACCGUUAUUUUGAAACAGAUGCACCGAAAGAUGUACCUGGUGCACCAAGAUCAUGGUGGUUUGGAGGUGGUACCGAUUUGACUCCGUCGUAUCUCAUUGAAGAGGAUGUGAAGCAUUUUCAUUCUGUUCAAAAACAAGCUUGUGAUAAGUUUGAUCCAAGUUUUUACCCAAGAUUCAAAAAGUGGUGCGAUGAUUAUUUCUAUAUUAAGCACCGUAAUGAAAGACGUGGGCUUGGCGGAAUAUUUUUUGAUGAUCUUAACGAUUAUGACCAAGACAUGCUUCUGAACUUUGCUACAGAGUGUGCCGGUUCUGUAAUUCCUGCAUACUUACCCAUCAUAGAACGUCGCAAAGACACCCCAUUUAACGAGGAGCACAAGGCAUGGCAGCAACUGCGGAGAGGCCGCUAUGUGGAGUUCAACCUUGUUUAUGAUCGUGGUACCACAUUUGGACUCAAGACUGGUGGAAGGAUCGAAAGUAUACUUGUCUCUCUACCACUUACAGCCCGAUGGGAGUAUGACCAUAAACCUGAAGAAGGGACUGAAGAGUGGAAACUUCUGGAUGCGUGCAUAAAUCCGAAGGAAUGGCUCUGAUUAGCUGAGGUUGUUUGUUGGCUCAGUUGUUUUGUUAGUAUUCGUCACUGUGUAGUGUUGAGAUCCCCUACGACCAUGUGUAGUUUCUUUUGUGUGUGCAGAAUUUUGGACAAGCAUAUCAUGAUGUAACUCGGUUUAGUAAAGCUAGGUUUCUGAGCUGUGUAGUUGUUAUACCCCUUUCUUUUUUCCAUAUGAAUGAAAAUGAAGGAAAGGAUAAAAAAGCUGGGUUAGAUUUUUGA